CUUGACUUGUCGCCUGACGUUGCGACCAUGUCCGACUACAGCCWAGCCAGAGACGAAUCUGAACAGGAGACAYUGUUCGACGUCGAAGAAGUCAGCAAAAUCAUAAAACGCUCKGUAGAAAAAACCUUAGGAGCGAACGCUUACCAGCACAACAAAGUUAAUCAAUGGACAUCCAGUGUAAUGGAGCAGUGCCUCGGUAAACUCGCCAAACUGGGAAAACCCUUCAAAUACAUCGUUACAUGUAUUAUUACGCAGAAAAAUGGAGCAGGACUGCAGACAGCCAGUACAUGUUUCUGGGACAUCUCAACUGAUGGCAGCUGCUCAGUGAGCUGGGAGAACGAGACCAUGUUCUGCAACGUCAAUGUUUUUGGGUUGGCCAUGUGAACACACAACAUCCAGAGUCAGAAAUAUGUAGAAUAUUUUUCUUUAUAUAUAUAUAUUUACACAUUAGAAUGUCACUUUUUUUUAAGAAAUUUAAGCUAGAUUUAAUGCUUUUUACUGCAACUGAUUACAUUACUAAGUCAUAUCUAUUUUGCUUUAUAUACACAUCACAACACAGCUACAUGUACAGCCUUUAAGUCAUAGAGAAGCAGCAUUUCAAAAACAACCCAAUUUAAACACCUUAAACAUAAACUAGUCAUACAUCUACAUAUUUAAACACUCAUUUAAAAUGGGAAAAAAAGAACACAAGGCACCAAUUUUGAUUAAAUCACAUCUGUUUACAACAAAAA